AUGGUCCUUAACCCUCCUCUCUCUCUCGCUCUCUCCCCUCCACUCUCUCUCUCUCCCCCCUCUCUUUCUCCCCCUCCUCCUCCUCUCUCCCCUCCCCUCUCUCUCUCUCUCCCCUCCACUCUCUCUCUCUCCCCCCUCUCUUUCUCCCCCAUCCUCCUCUCUCCCCUCCUCUCUCUCUCUCUCCUCCUCUCUCCCCCUCCAGCCCAGCCGUCCUGCGGGCGCUGGGGCCUCCAAGGCGGGGCCUUCUGGGUCUGUGUCUGCCUCGGCUGGAGAGAUGAGCAGCAGCGAGCCCUCGACCCCGGCGCAGACCCCCCUGGGGGCCCCCAUCAUCCCCACACCCGGGGGGCUCCUCUCCCCUACAGCCCCAGCACCUCCACUCCCCAGCAAGGUACAGUGGAAAACACCGAUGACUAGCUGAACUGUAUGGCUCUGGCCCACUGGAGUAAUGUAAUAUCCUCGGCUGUAAUGACACAAUACACAUGAGCUGUUCUUCCUCAUUUUGUCAGUUUAGUGCUUAGGGGAAUGUUAACUGUCUUGGGUUAGAUGUGUACAAUAUAUAGCCAGCCGUAUAAAGAUGCUUUAAGAUUUAAAGACUAAUUUUACCUAGUGUCUAAGUGUGUUAUGUUAGCUAUAUCUUGCGUUAGAUGUUAAGCUCUUUAGUACAGGUGUCGGAUUUAAAUAUGACCCAUUUCGUAGCAGGAGGAAAAUAAUACGGCAGCAGGAGAAUUUGAAUAAAUAUUUAAAAUGUAUAAUGGCCACCAGGGGGCAGCUGGAAGCAGUGUUGGGCGGCUACAGGAUACAAUGCAGUACUGUACAAGGGUGGGCAGUGGUCUGAGCAGCACCGAGUAUCACGAGUUCGCUCCCAGUGGUGGACAAUCGUUUUGACACUUUGUAUGGACUCUGGUAGGUUACUGCCAUUUGGGAUGAGAUUGAAAGACGUGAUAGCGCAUUUACAUCCCACUGAGAACCGAUAUAGCCCCUGGUUCUACGCGUUUACAUCCCACUAAGAACCGAUAUAGCCCCUGGUUCUACGCGUUUACAUCCCACUAAGAACCGAUAUAGCCCCUGGUUCUACGCGUUUACAUCCCACUAAGAACCGAUAUAGCCCCUGGUUCUACGCGUUUACAUCCCACUAAGAACCGAUAUAGCCCCUGGUUCUACGCGUUUACAUUCCCACUAAGAACCGAUAUAGCCCCUCGGUUCUACGCGUUACAUCCCACUAAGAACCGAUAUAGCCCCUGGUUCUACGCGUUUACAUCCCACUGAGAACCGAUAUAGCCCCUGGUUCUACGCGUUUACAUCCCACUGAGAAACCGAUAUAGCCCCUGGUUCUACGCGUUUACAUCCCACUGAGAACCGAUAUAGCCCCUGGUUUCUACGCGUUUACAUCCCACUGAGAACCGAUAUAGCCCCUGGUUCUACGCGUUUACAUCCCACUGAGAACCGAUAUAGCCCCUGGUUCUACGCGUUUACAUCCCACUGAGAACCGAUAUAGCCCCUGGUUCUACGCGUUUACAUCCCACUGAGAACCGAUAUAGCCCCUGGUUCUACGCGUUUACAUCCCACUGAGCGCCAGACGUUUGUAGCCACAUUGUUACGGAAUGCCGUUUGGGUCUUUGCGUGUCUAAACAGAUACACAAUUUGACGCGUCAAAUAAGCUUUUAAUUUGACACGUCAAAGAAUAAAAUUAUAUUAUAGAAUGUUGUGUGUGUGCUGAAUUUGCAUGUGCAAGCCAAGCGCCACGACUACGAUCAGUAGCACUGUCAAAGCUGUACAAAAUAAAAAGUCUACAAACAAGCAGCCACCAACGAUGUGUUUACAAUAGCGCGGUGAUAAUAAUGCAUUAUUUGUUUGACCGAAUGGGAAAAAACGUCUGUGUGAGCAUUUGAAAUAAGAUCAAGAUCAAACGAGCAGGAUCAAAAAUGUUUGCAAAUAUCUUUGAUACAGAUGUUAUUAGCAACUUCUGGGGUAGCUAGCUAGCUUUAGCACCAAUGCAACUAACGUUAGCCUGAAAACAAUGACCAAUAGAAACUACAGUCAUUUUCAAUAUUCUUAGCAAUGAUUUAGGAAUCCAUGUGAGUAAGUAUUAGUUAGGUAGCCAGUUACUUAACCCUGUUGUCCAAAGCUAACAUUAUAAGCAGCCAGUAAACUUCAUCUGGCUGGUGAUGGGACCGGGUUAUGUGUUGUGAAAAUAGCCACAAUAAGGAUUAGCCACAAUAGUGGCAUUUGCGAUUCGCCUUCAAAAUAAAAGGACCUCUUUGAAAGUGACGCAGAAGGUUACAUUUGGUGAAAUCAUGCAAUAUUUAGACUAGAUAAUGAAAUGAGGUAUCAGUCUACUCGGUGACACCCACAGAGCACAACUGUGACGAGUUUACGCAAAUAUUAGCGUUGUAGCUCUUAUUAGCGUUGUAGCUCUUAUUAGCGUUGUAGCUCUGCGACUGUGUGAAAUCACCUCCCCAGUCAGCCUGUUGUGCGUAUUGACGUUCAUAUUGCCCUGCACAGCCUUACCUAAGGAUUGGGGGUCAAUUAAAUGGGCUGUCAGUCUACUCAGUACCUGUAUUGUUUUUCCUCUGGAAUAAAUGUGGCUCAAUUCACAGUGGUUUCAGAGUCCUGCAAGACAAGAGCUACGACGCUAAUGUUCUCUGGGUGUCACUGGGUAGACAGAUACCCCAUUUCAUUGAUCCAUAAUCCAUAGGGUAAGGCUCUACAGUGAAAUACAUAUGCCCCCAAUGUAAUUCUAAAGUCUAAUACAUCCAGUGUGAUUUCAACAGAUUUUUGUCAAAUUAACAAUUUAUAUAAUAACAAGCCAACCUCGUUUAGCAUGAUCCAUGGCAUAAUUCCACUAUUUGUAUUAAUUUGCAUCACUGUCAAUGAUACACUUUUAUUUUGAAGGCUAACCGCAAAUUCCACUAUUGUGGCUAAUCCUUAUUGUGGCUAGCUUCACGUAGGUGGGUCCGACCACCAUUAAUCAAAUAAGAACCGUUUUAUCAAUUAGGGGUAUUUUAGAUGAUGACACCUAGCUAGAUAGGUAGCUACCUAACUAUAGCUACUGAAACGGAUGAUGUCGUUUUGCUAUGUUUUUGAGGAAGAACAUUGUUUGCAUCCAUCAGCUAACGUUAGCUAGCUUUAUUUAUGACCAGCACUGUCCAGAGCUUGGGGAAGGGCAGGUGCGCGAUUUUAACAUCCUGCCUAGAAAUUCUGCCUCAGAAGGCAGCAUCCUUAUUAUCCUCAGCUGGGGCUAACGUAUGUACCAGAGUCCUCCUUACCAGAGUCCUCCUUACGCCGGAGGCGGUGUCCUUCGCUCCUGCCUGCCCUCACCACUGUUAGGAGAACUGCGGGAAAACAGUGCACGACAGGAGGGGGUGAAGGACACUGUCUACCGUUGUCACCGUCGCCUCUUCUUCUUCUGUGGGGUUUAUCGGCGGUUGGUAUCCAACGUUAUGGUGCCAACUGUACUGGAGGUCCCCACCUCCCCACCUGUCCUAGCUUAAACAUUGACCAAUAGAAGGAUAAAGGCGGGUUCUUGCAGAUGCAGGAAUGCCCACAUGCAGAAAUGCCUCGAAUUGCGGGCCACAAUUGCACCGUACAGCUUGAUCUCAAUUGCAGCCAUUUAAUUGGUCACCUCAUUACCGCUCCCUUAAAGAUGCAAAGUCUUUCAAGACGUGGUUGGUGUUGUUGUCGCAACAACUUAGUCCUUUUUGAACAGACCAAGUGCCAUUUAUCUACACUGAACAAUAAUAUAAACGCAACAUGCAACAAAGAUUUUACGGAGUUACAGUUAAUAUAAGGAAAUCAGUCAAUUUAAUUAAAUAAAUUAGACCCUAAUCUAUGGAUUUCACAUGACUGGGAAUACAGAUAUGCAUCAGUUGGUCAAAGAUUCCUUAAAACAAAAGGUAUGGGCGUGGAUCAGAAAACCAGUCAGUAUCUGGUGUGACCACCAUUUGCCUCAUGCGGCGCGACACAUCUCCUUCACAUAGAGUUGAUCAGGCUGUUGACUGUGGCCUGUGGAAUGUUGUCCGACUCCUCUUCAAUGGCUGUGCGAAGUUGCUGGAUAUUGUCGGGAACUGGAACAUGCUGUCGUACACGUCGAUCCAGAGCAUCCCAAACAUGCUCAAUGGGUGACAUGUCUGGUGAGUAUGCAGGCCAUGGAAGAACUGGGACAUUUUCAGCUUCCAGGAAUUGUGUCCAGAUCCUUUCCGACGUGGGGCCGUGCAUUAUCAUGCUGAAACAUGAGGUGAUGGCGGCGGAUGAAUGGCACGACAAUGGACCUCAGGAUCUCGUCACGGUAUCUCUGUGCAUUCAAAUGGCCAUAAAAUGUCAAACACCGGUUUUAGAUGUCCAAAUUCUUAAUCACAUAUUACUUGUAUUUUAUUAUAUUACUACCUUACACGCACCAAUAUUUACCGAGCGGUCAUUUCAAGACUGGAAUUGAUUAGCUUGUUCUACUGUAAUCAAUAGCGUGCGCAAAUGAAUCACUCACAUCGAUAUUGUAUUGAAAUCAAUGGAACUGGGACAAUAACCGCGGCGACAUGUACCGUCUUCUAACAGACAAACCUCAAUGAGCUUAGUUAUACUACACGUAGCUGGCGAUAGAUGAACACCUGUCGGUAGCCAUUUAGCAACUUACAGAAAGUAUUCACACCCCUUGACUUUUCACACAUUUUGUUGUGUUACAGCCUGAAUUUAAAAUGGAUUUUGUGUCACUGGCCUACACACAAUACCCCACAAUGUCGAAGUGGAAUUAUGUUUUUAGACAUUUUUACAAAUGAAUUUAAAAAUGAAAAGCUCAAAUGUCUUGAUUCAAUAAGUAUUCAACCCCUUUGUUAUGGCAAGCCUAAAUAAGUUCAGGAGUAAAAAUGUGCUUAACAAGUCACACAAUACAUUGCAUGGACUCACUCUGUGUUUAACAUGAUUUUUGAAUGACUACCUCAUCUCUGUACCCCACACAUACAAUUAUCUGUAAGGUCCCUCAGUCGAACAGUGAAUAUCAAACACAGAUUCAAUCACAAAGACCAGGGAGGUUUUCCAAUGCCUCGCAAAGAAGGGCACCUAUUGGUACAUGGGUAAAAAUGCAAAAAGCAGACAUUGAAUAUCGCUUUGAGCAUGGUGAAGUUUAGUAAUUACACUUUGGAUGGUGUAUCAAUACACCCAGUAACUAGAAGGAUACAGGCAUCCUCCUAACUCAGUUGCCGGAGAGGAAGGAAACCGCUCAGGGAUUUCACCAUGGUGACUUUAAAACAGUUACAGAGUUGAAUGGCUGUGAUAGGAGAAAACUGGGGAUGGAUCAACAACAUUGUAGUUACUCCACAAUACUAACCUAAAUGACAGAGUGAAAAGAAGGAAGCCUGUACAGAAUACAAAUAUUCCUAAACAUGCAUCCUGUUUGCAACAAGGCACUAAAGUAAUACUGCAAAAAAAUGUGGCAAAGAAAUGAACUUUAAUGCCCUGAAUAAGAAGCGUUAUGUUUUGGGGCAAAUCCAACACAACACAUCACUGAGUACCACUCUUCAUAUUUUCAAGCAUGGUGGUGGCUGCAUCAUGUUAUGGGUAUGCUUGUCAUCGGCAAGGACUAGGGAGGUUGUUUUUUUUGGCUAAAAAUAAACGGAGUAAAGCUAAAUCCCAGAGGAAAACCUGGUUCAGUCUGCUUUCCACCAGACACUGGGAGACAAAUUCACCUUUCAGCAGGACAAUAACCUUAAACACAAGGCCAAAUAUACACUGGAGUUGCUUACCAAGACAACAGUGAAUGUUCCUGAGUGGCCUAGUUACAGUUUUGACAUAAAUCUGCUUGAAAAUCUAUGGCAAGACUUGAAAAUGGCUAUCUAGCAAUGAUCAACAACCAAGUUGACAGAGCUUGAAGAAUUUGAAGAAUAAUGUGCAAAUGUUGCACAAUCCAGGUGUGGAAAGCUCUUAGAGAAUUACCCAGAAAGACGCACAGCUGUAAUCGCUACAAAAGGUGAUUCUAAAAUGUAUUUCAUUUUCAAAACAUUUGCAUAAAUGUCUGAAAACAUAUUUUCACUUUGUCAUUAUAGGGUAUUGUCUGUAGAUGGCUGAGAAAAAUAUUCAAUUUAAUCAAUUUUUUAAUUUAGGCUGUAACACAUCAAAAUGUGGAAUAAAUCAAGGGGUAUGAAUAUUUUCUGAUGGCAGUGUAUAUCUCUGUGAGAAAAUGAUUUUGGUAGAUGGCCAAUACGGAAAAGGGAACACAAUACUUUUUUUUACUGGAUCAUUUCAACGAAUCACCACCUCACGUCGGUUUCUAAAUAGUGACGGGUUGGCUUUCACUUGAAUGAUACUUUAAACCCCUCAAAUCCAUGAAUUUAUGUGAGGCCAGAGAUUUUUAUGGGAGGACGGAGUCAGGCGCAGGACACAGAACUUAGUCAACGAUGUGUGUGCAAAUUAGACAAAACAAGUAGAACACAGAAACAUAGAUCGGUGGCAGCUAGUACUCCGGGUGACGACGAACGCCGAAGCCUGCCCGAGCGAGGAGGAGGAGCAGCCUCGGCUGAAUUCGUGACAGGAGCGGCCAAUUGUAUUUUCUAGCCACUGUGGUGUGAAAAUGACAGCUAUGUUCUAAGUCCCACUACGGACUGGCGUGUAUGACAAAAACACUGGUACUAAACCAAAGACAUUGAUCUGUUUUAAGCAAUCGAUUUUGUGAGAUCGUGAUGACUAUGAACUUUAAUACCAACAUCACCAAUCUGAGGUAAAAAGGAAGUGUAUUUACUGUAACUAAUUCUUAUGUGGUGAAAAUGUUAGUCUGUGUAAUGAAUGUAGUAACACGUUCUGUCCACCAUAAGGACAUUAGCGUAAUUGUCACGUUCGUUGAAUGACGGGACGGACCAAGGUGCAGCGUGAAAGGCGUACAUGUUAAGGAACGGGACGGACCAAGGUGCAGCGUGAAAGGCGUACAUGUUAAGGAACGGGACGGACCAAGGUGCAGCGUGAAAGGCGUAUAUGUUAAGGAACGGGACGGACCAAUGGUGCCAGCUGUGAAAGGGUACAUGUUAAGGAACGGCGAGGGACAAAGGCUGCAGCGUGUGAAAGGCGUACAUUUUAAGGAACGGACGGACCAAGUGUGCAGCGUGAAAAAGGCGUACACCUUAAGGAAUGGGGACGGACCACGGUUUGUUCAGCGUUGAACAGGCGUUACAUGUUACAGGCACACGGGCCCGACGCGACCCAAGGUUUGCAGCGUGGUGAUGGAAAGGCGUUACAUGUUAAGGGAACGGGACGGACCAAGUGCUUGCAGCGUGAAUGAAGGCGUCCAUGUUAAGGAACGGGACGCCGGACCAAGGGGCAGCGUGAAAGGCGUACCUGUUCAGGAACGGGACAGGACCAAGGUGCUGCUGCAGCGUGAAAGGCGUACAUGUUAAGGAACGGGACGGACCAAGGUGCAGCGUGAAAGGCGUAACAUGUUAAGGAACGGGACGGACCAAGGUGCAAGCGUGAAAGGCGUGACAUGGUUAAAGGGAACGGGACGGACAAGGUGUGCAGGCUGAAAGGCGUACAUGUUAAGGAACGGGACGGACCCCAAGGUGCAGCGUGUGUGAAAGGCAGUACAUGUAAGGAACGGGACGGACCAAGGUGCAGCGUGAAAGGCGUACAUGUUAAGGAACGGGACGGACCAAGGUGCAGCGUGAAAGGCGUUACAUGUUAAGGAACGGGACGGACCAAGGUGCAGCGUGAAAGGCGUACAUGUUAAGGAACGGGACGGACCAAGGUGCAGCGUGAAAGGCGUACAUGUUAAGGAACGGGACGGACCAAGGUGCAGCGUGAAAGGCGUACAUGUUAAGGAACGGGACGGACCAAGGUGCAGCGUGAAAGGCGUACAUGUUUAUUAAAGAAUAAACACACGACACAGUAACCAAAAUAACAAAACGUAACCGUGACGACGGUCCAAAGGGCUAACACACAAGCCUUAAACAGGAACACAACAAAAAACCCACAACACAGGCAGGAAAACUGGCUGCCUAAGUAUGAUCCCCAAUCAGAGACAACGAUCGACAGCUGCCUCUGAUUGGGAACCACACCCGGCCAAACAUAGAAAUACAAACCUAGAAAUUCACACCUUGACCAAACUAGCUAGAGUUCUAUAGGCCAGGGAAUGACAGUAAUAUGGCAUCAUUAUAAUUAUAUUAUAAUUAUGUCAAAAUAAUUCAAUACUUGAUCAAUGAUGAUAGUAAAGGUAGCACACUCACAUUUUUACAUCUAUUUCUUCCUACUUUAACCAUGGAGAGAGUAAAUAAAUGCUCCUGAACACAAUUUAACCAGGCGCUCUAGGGCAUCCUUAGGGGUCUGUUCAGAACAGCCUCAAUUCAUCGGGGUAUGAACUCUACAAGGUGUCGAGAGCGUUCCACAGGGAUGCUGGCACCGUGUUGACUCCAAUGCUUCCCACAGUUGUGUCAUGUUGGCUGGUUGUCCUUUGGGUGGUGGAUCAUUCUUGAUGCACACGGGAAACUGUUGAGCGUGAAAAACCCAGCAGCGUUGCAAGUUCUUGACACAAACCGGUGUGCCUGGCACAGGUGACAUCAGUAAGGGAUCAUAGCUUUCACCUGGUUAGUCUAUAUCAUGUUUUGUACACUCAGUAUGCUCAGUAUAUAGACUGUCAUCAUCAGAUGCUGUAGGAUAAAUAGACUGUCAUCAUCAGAUGCUGUAGGAUAAAUAGACGGUCAUCACCAGAUGCUGUAGGAUAAAUAGACUGUCAUCAUCAGAUGCUGUAGGAUAAAUAGACUGUCAUCAUCAGAUGCUGUAGGAUAAAUAGACUGUCAUCAUCAGAUGCUGUAGGAUAAAUAGACUGUCAUCAUCAGAUGCUGUAGGAUAAAUAGACUGUCAUCAUCAGAUGCUGUAGGAUAAAUAGACUGUCAUCAGAUGCUGUAGGAUAAAUAGACUGUCAUCAGAUGCUGUAGGAUAAAUAGACUGUCAUCAGAUGCUGUAGGAUAAAUAGACUGUCAUCAUCAGAUGCUGUAGGAUAAAUAGACUGUCAUCAUCAGAUGCUGUAGGAUAAAUAGACUGUCAUCAUCAGAUGCUGUAGGAUAAAUAGACUGUCAUCAUCAGAUGCUGUAGGAUAAAUAGACUGUCAUCAUGCGUAGGAUAAAUAGCUGUAUGUAAAUAGACUGUCAUCAUCAAUGCUGUAGGAUAAAUAGACUGUCAUCAUCAGAUGCGUGAGGAUAAAUAACUGUCCUCAUCAGAUGCUGUAGGAUAAAUAGACUGUCAUCAGAUGCUGUAGGAUAAUAGACUGUCAUCAGAUGCUGUAGGAUAAAUAGACUGUCAUCAGAUGCUGUAGGAUAAAUAGACUGUCAUCAUCAGAUGCUGUAGGAUAAAUAGACUGUCAUCAGAUGCUGUAGGAUAAAUAGACUGUCAUCAUCAGUGUCUCAUCCACGCUCUCUCUCAGGAGGAAGUCGCUAUGGCAACUCAGGUACAGUGGUGUGGUGUGUGUGUGGUGGUGUGGUGUAGUGGUGUGUGUGUGUGAUGUGUGAUGUGUGGGUGGUGUGUGGUGGUGGUGUGUGUAUGUGUGUGUGGUGUGAUGGUGUGUGGUGUGUGGUGUGAUGUGUGUGUGGUGUGAUGGUGUGAUGUGUGUGUGGUGUGUGUGGUGUGAUGUGUGUGUGGUGUGUGGUGUCAUGUGUGUGUGGUGUGGUGGUGUGUGGUGUGGUUUGGUGGUGUGUUUUGUUGGUGUGGUGUGUGGUGGUGGUGUGGUUUGGUGGUGUGUGUUGUGAUGUGUGUGUGGUGUGUGGUGUGAUGUGUGUGUGGUUUGGUGGUGUGUGGUGGUGGUGUGUGGUGUCAUGUGUGUGUGGUGUGGUGGUGUGGUUUGGUGGUGUGUGGUGUGAUGUGUGUGUGGUGUGUGGUGUGAUGUGUGUGUGGUUUGGUGGUGUGUGGUGGUGGUGUGUGGUGGUGGUGUGUGGUGUCAUGUGUGUGUGGUUUGGUGGUUUGGUGGUGUGUGGUGGUGGUGUGACUGGCUGCAUGUUAAACAUUCUGUCAGAAGCCUACCUGAGUGUGUGAUUCCAGGCAUGUGUACUAUAUUAACCCCCCCCCCCUCUCUGUCUCUCUCUCUCUCUCUCUCUCUCCCUGUCUCCUGUCUCUCUCUCCUCUCUCUCCCCUGUCUCGUCUAGUCCUGUCUCUUCUCUCCUCUCUCUCUCUCUCUCCCUCUCCUCUCUCGUCCUCGUCUCUCUCUCUCUUCUCUCUCUUCUUCUUCUCAUGUACCUCUCUCUUAUCUUCUGUAUCUCUUCUCUUGUCUGAUCUUUCUCCUCUCUCGUUCUCUCUCCUUUCUCCUCUCUUCUCUUCUCUCUUGAGUCUGGCCUCUGACGAUCUCUAUAUGCAAAAGGGUUCAUCUUUUCUUCUUCUCGUAUUCGGAUGCAUGCACGAUUUCUGAGUCUAAUAUGAGUGGUAGUUUCCUUUCUCUUUCUUCCUCUCUUUCUCUCUGUCGGCUAGUUAUCUCUUCUCUUCCAUAGUCAGACCACAGCAAGCAAGGUCGCUGAUAUCUCCCUACGCAUCAAUCAGUACCCCAGCUCUUUUUCUCUUUCCGCUAUCUCUCUCUCAAUCUAUCUCAUCUCUCCUCCCUCCCAUCCCCCUCCACUCACUCCCCCACCACUCCCCCCUCCCUCCCCCCCUCCCCUCCCAUCCCUCCCUCCCUCCCUCCCCCCCUCCCCUCCCUCCCCCCACCAGGAGGAGGAGUCUCUGCGUGUCCAGGUGAAGGAUCAGGAGGAGAAAUUAGAGACUCUGAGGAUGAAGAGGACAGAGGACAAGGUAUUAUUAGUCUGAUGUUUAUUCCUAUAGUUCCUUAUGCUUAUUCAUGGGAUGCACUGAAACGUUUGGCUUUCUUUUGCAAAAUAACUAUGAAUUAACAGACUUAUUUUCUAAUAUUUGUCAACAUAUAACAUCACAUUAAGGAGUGGGGCGUUUAUUUUAUUACAAGGAACAAUAGCAGGUGGGUGGGGAGCGACCAAUGGAUGGGUUUCUGGGUGGGGAGCGACCAAUGGAUGGGUUUCUGGGUGGGGAGCGACCAAUGGAUGGGUUUCUGGGUGGGGAGCGACCAGUGGGUGGGUUUCUGGGUGGGGAGCGACCAAUGGGUGGGUUUCUGGGUGGGGAGCGACCAGUGGGUGGGUUUCUGGGUGGGGAGCGACCAGUGGGUGGGUUUCUGGGUGGGGAGCGACCAGUGGGUGGGGUUUCUGGGUGGGGAGCGACCAAUGGGUGGGGUUUCUGGGUGGGGAGAGACCAAUGGGUGGGUUUCUGACUGUAAGUCGCUUUGGAUAAAAGCGUCUGCUAAAUGGCAUAUUAUUAUUAUUAUUAUUAUUAUUAUUAUUAUUAUUAUUAAUAAAGUAAACACAAAUGUAUUAACACUUAGGGAAUCAUCACUAACAGCUAAAACAAAUAAACAUUAAAGAAAUGACUCAACCAUACAUUUCCUUCUACUUGUACAUUUUUAAAACAAUACAAAAUACAUUAAGUUUAAAAAAGUCCAGCAAUGCAAUUACUUUGAACAUUACACAGGGCUGUGAAUAGUGCAGCUUGUCUCUGAGCUGGAGGACGAAUGGUUCUUUACCUCUCUGCCUGCUGGAGGACGAAAGGUUCUUUACCUCUCUUCCUGCUGGAGGACGAAUGGUUCUUUACCUCUCUGCCUGCUGGAGGACGAAAGGUUCUUUACCUCUCUUCCUGCUGGAGGACGAAUGGUUCUUUACCUCUCUUCCUGCUGGAGGACGAAUGGUUCUUUACCUCUCUGCCUGCUGGAGGACGAAAGGUUCUUUACCUCUCUUCCUGCUGGAGGACGAAUGGUUCUUUACCUCUCUUCCUGCUGGAGGACGAAAGGUUCUUUACCUCUCUUCCUGCUGGAGGACGAAUGGUUCUUUACCUCUCUUCCUGCUGGAGGACCAAUGGUUCUUUACCUCUCUUCCUGCUGGAGGACGAAUGGUUCUUUACCUCUCUUCCUGCUGGAGGACGAAAGGUUCUUUACCUCUCUUCCUGCUGGAGGACGAAUGGUUCUUUACCUCUCUUCCUGCUGGAGGACCAAUGGUUCUUUACCUCUCUUCCUGCUGGAGGACGAAUGGUUCUUUACCUCUCUGUCUGCUGGAGGACGAAUGGUUCUUUACCUCUCUUCCUGCUGGAGGACGAAUGGUUCUUUACCUGUCUGUCUGCUGGAGGACGAAUGGUUCUUUACCUCUCUGCCUGCUAGAGGACGAAUGGUUCUUUACCUCUCUUCCUGCUGGAGGACGAAUGGUUCUUUACCUCUCUUCCUGCUGGAGGACGAAUGGUUAUUUACCUCUCUUCCUGCUGGAGGACGAAUGGUUCUUUAUCUCUCUUCCUGCUGGAGGACGAAUGGUUCUUUACCUCUCUUCCUGCUGGAGGACGAAUGGUUCUUUACCUCUCUUCCUGCUGGAGGACGAAUGGUUCUUUACCUCUCUGCCUGCUGGAGGACGAAUGGUUCUUUACCUCUCUUCCUGCUGGAGGACGAAUGGUUCUUUACCUCUCUUCCUGCUGGAGGACGAAUUGUUCUUUACCUCUCUUCCUGCUGGAGGACGAAUGGUUCUUUAUCUCUCUUCCUGCUGGAGGACGAAUGGUUCUUUACCUCUCUUCCUGCUGGAGGACGAAUGGUUCUUUACCUCUCUUCCUGCUGGAGGACGAAUGGUUCUUUACCUCUCUGUCUGCUGGAGGACAAAUGGUUCUUUACCUCUCUUCCUGCUGGAGGACGAAUAGUUCUUAACCUCUCUUCCUGCUGGAGGACGAAUGGUUCUUUACCUCUCUUCCUGCUGGAGGACGAAUGGUUCUUCACCUCUCCUCCUGCUGGAGGACGAAUGGUUCUUUACCUCUCUGUCUGCUGGAGGACGAAUGGUUCUUUACCUCUCUUCCUGCUGGAGGACGAAUGGUUCUUUACCUCUCUGUCUGCUGGAGGACGAAUGGUUCUUUACCUCUCUUCCUGCUGGAGGACAAAUGGUUCUUUACCUCUCUUCCUGCUGGAGGACGAAUGGUUCUUUACCUCUCUUCCUGCUGGAGGACGAAUGGUUCUUCACCUCUCUUCCUGCUGGAGGACGAAUGGUUCUUUACCUCUCUGUCUGCUGGAGGACGAAUGGUUCUUUACCUCUCUGUCUGCUGGAGGACGAAUGGUUCUUUACCUCUCUUCCUGCUGGAGGACGAAUGGUUCUUUACCUCUCUGUCUGCUGGAGGACGAAUGGUUCUUUACCUCUCUGUCUGCUGGAGGCACUGCAUGUUGGUUCCAACCUUAAAAGUUCAAGAGUUCACGCUCGGAUCAACCCUACUUUUCGACCAGAGCGUCCAGUGUUCGCUCUAAACGGUCCGAGAGUGAAACGCUCUGAAUUUACAAACGGACAAUCGGUCAAAGCUCUGAAUUUACAAACGGACAAAUCGGUCAAAGCUCUGAGAAAACAAACGCCCAGAGAGCACUCUGGCACUCCAGAUUGAAUUUACGAACACACCCGUAGUAUAAACCAGCCUUUAGUCUUGGUUGUUUGGUACAUAGCCUCAGACGUGAAUCCUUAAAGAGAUGGGUGGGGCUAAGGCUUUAGAGGGUGUGAACGAUGCUGAAUGGGUGGAGACAAAGAAGAGCUCUCCAGUAGGUUUACCAAAAUAUUCAAGGAACAUUUUCUCAAAAGUGAGGUUACAAGUUUAUCAACUUUCAAAGUAGAAUUACUUUCCCAUUGUUCCUCAACUGUAGUGUAUGAUAUACAAUUGUCUAGUUCUAAGUCUCUACUUUCAAAUUUCAAAUUGUGCUACAUAAGAUCGAAUCGAGUCAGUCGGUCACAUAUGUGCGCUUACUGCACUGCAGAAAACCCGUUAACCAAACAACAGUGCAGGGCAUGCUCACUGAAUUAAAAGACAACUACACAAAAAAAUCGAAGUUUCUUAGAUUUUUCUCACCCGUCAAAAGGCAUCCCCUGAUGUGGUUUAAACAUUGUUGUGAACACAGAAAAUCCAAUGUUGUUGUUUUUCUAUUUAAAAAAGUGUGAAAAAACUGGGGUAAACCAGAAAUAAAUAGGGGAAAUCUGAAACCAGAAAAACAAAACCAAGAAAAUGGAUUUAGGGAAAAAGCAGAAGUAGGCAAAAAAAAAAACAGAUUUUAAAAGGCCCUAGCAAUGUUUUAAAAGGCCCUAGCAACGUUUUAAAAGGCCCUAGCAACAUUUUAAAAGGCCCUAGCAACGUUUUAAAAGGCCCUAUCAAUGUUUUAAAAGGCCCUAGCAACGUUUUAAAAGGCCCUAGCAACGUUUUAAAAGGCCCUAGCAACAUUUUAAAAGGACCUAGCAAUGUUUUAAAAGGCCCUAGCAACGUUUUAAAAGGCCCUAGCAACGUUUUAAAAGGCCCUAGCAACGUUUCAAAAGGCCCUAGGAACGUUUUAAAAGGCCCUAGCAACGUGUUCUGAUGUGCAUGACUGCACUUUAGAGUGUGUGUCAUCCUGCAGCACAGCAUUCUGGGGGAAGUUGAGGUCAGGUCCAAUAUUGACUAUGCACCCAAAAGGGAAAGAGGUUGGGCCAUCCUAGAAAUGUUUUACUAAAAUGUAAUGUAAUAUACACAUUUUGCAGACACUUUUAUCCAAAGUGACUUACAGUCAUGCGUGAAUACAUUUGUACGUAUGGGUGGUCCCAGAAUUCGAACCCAAUAUCCUGGCAUUGUAAUGCUCUACCAAGAUGCAUGACAGGGUUAUAGAUGCUUUGUGAAGCCUGAAUGUAAUAUGGUGUAUAAGGCCUUUAUUAAGCGGUGCUUAUACCACCCUUUAUGAAGCACAGGUGUAUGUCAUAUUUGACAUAGUGUUUUAUGUUACAUUUAAUAUUGGUGGUUAUGUCACACAGUUAUGCCACAUUUAUGAACCCUUUAUAAAGCAUGACAUAUGGUUAUAUAUGAUUUGUAACACAUGUAUGUAGUGUUUAUGAAGGCUUUAUGUUUAUUUAGUCUAUUUGCAGUGAAAUUGAGAGGGGCAUUUUUAUUGCCAACUUUUUCAGUCACCAAUGAAUCAAUAAACAGGCAGUGGAAUGAAGUAGUUUGACAAAAAGUGUUCAAAAGUAAGUAACAAGUCUUUAAAAUAUAGCUGGCAAAUAUAUAAGUUUUAUUUUCUAGAAACCUAGCUAACAUUCGCUAUACUGCAGUGAUGAAGGUGGAAGUUAGCUAGCUAGCUUUCCCCCAGAAGUUUCAAUUUAGCUAGCUAUCUAGCUAGCGAAUGGUAUUUAUAUCAACUUUGUCAAUCAGAUGGUUAACUAGCAAAUAUAUUUAUUUUCCCCUCGCAUCUAAAGCUGCCUGAUGAUAAAGCUAGCCAGUUGAUAGUAAAGCUAGGAUGAAUGUCAGAGGCCAGCUAGCUAACGCAAUAGCGGCUGUCAAUGCAAUGGCUGGUCUGGAGUUCGUCUGAAAUGUACCAAUAUAUUUCACAUGAUAAGCAAACUACUGCCAUGCCACAAAAAAAAUCGAUUACCUUCAAGUAAAUCAUUUUGGUUUUAUCUACCUCGUCCUCUCUUGCUCAUGUGGGUAGCUACUUCCUGAGAUUUAAUUGAUCGAACAAUCGAGCCAAUGGUUAGGCGGCUGUGGUUUAAGCAGAGGGAACUGAUUGGUCAGGAGUAAAAGGUCCUGACCACAGAGCUGCUCAAAUCGAAUUAUACUUGCAAAUCCGCUCUCUACAAACGUACAAAACUUUCUACAAGUUUACAAAUCUCUUGGUAACGUGACAACAGUGACAGAACUUAGAGCGCGCACAGAUUCAAAAUCUGCAAGUGUAUUUUUGAUUCACAGCAGAAUAUUCAUACUCGUAAAUGGCUUGUAAUAAUUCUGAAAAUAAAUUAUGCUUGCAAAUCUUAUUGAAUGUAUUCAAAUGUCAAGUUACAAGUUUGAGACCAUUGUUAAAUCUUUCCCACAUCAUGAUACAAACUUGUGAAAUUAAAUGACACAUUAGCGAAUUGUACUUGCAACCACGAAUCUCAAUGUGCGACCACAAAAUUCAAAAUAUAAAAACACAAAGUUCUGUCAUCAUUGUAAUCCCAUAGCUCUCCAGCAUAUACUCUCUGAUUACAACCUCAUUGAUGCCUGGCGAGCACAUAAUCCUAAAACAAAAGAGUACACUUUCUACUCAAACAGGCAUAAAUCAUUCUCACUAAUCGAUGUCAUAUUUUAUUUUAUUUUUUUUGUCAUUUAGCAGACGCUCUUAUCCAGAGCGACUUACAGGAGCAAUCAGGGUUAAGUGCCUUGCUUAAGGGCACAUCGACAGAUUUUUCACCUAGUCGGCUCGGGGAUUAGAACCAGCGACCUUUCGGUUACUGGCACAACGUUCUUAACCACUAAGCUACCUGCCCAUAUGAGACAAAUGAGCGUGUCUAACCACCACACCCACUACUGCCAAGCGUGUCUGACCACCACACUCACUACUGCCAAGCGUGUCUGACCACCACACUCACUACUGCCAAGCGUGUCUGACCACCACACCCACUACUGCCAAGCGUGUCUGACCACCACACCCACUACUGCCAAGCGUGUCUGACCACCACACCCACUACUGCCAAGCGUGUCUGACCACCACACUCCACUACUGCCAAGCGUGUCUGACCACCACACCCACUACUGCCAAGCGUGUCUGA